UAUCUCACCAUCAAUGGCGUGCUGAGACUUUCCUCGUCAACGGUAACGCUUUGUAACACAACGAAAACUAAAACAUAUAUCAUCUCCUCGUAUUACGGUUACCUAACAUACUCAACUUCUAUUCGAUCUUCUUCAGUGUUAUAGCUAAUCCUACAAUGACUUCUGUACUGAUAGUUGGGGCUACCAGAGGCUUGGGAGCCGCACUGGUAAAGGAAUACGCUUCAAAUCCCAAGACGCUCACAUAUGCGACCACACGAUCUGAUGCUACACCUAGCGGAUUCCCGGACAGCAUCAAGUGGCUCUCUGGAAUUGACCUUACUAACCAACAUGUCGGAGACAAUCUCUCGAGUCAGCUCAAAGGAGAGAAGCCUCUAGAUGUCGUAAUCAUAAACGCCGGGCGAUUCAUGACCGAGGACUUUUCCAAGUCCGGAGGGCCGAACUGGAAUGAUGAAUUGGCCAUGUAUACCGUUAGUUCUAUCGCACCACUAUUCAUUGUGCAUCGCCUCGUGCACAACGACCGCCUAAAAGCCGGAUCCAAGAUAAUCUUGGUUUCUAGCGAGGCCGGAAGUAUCACUUUACGGCACGAGAAAGAAGGCGGCGGCAAUUACGCGCACCACGCAAGCAAGGCUGCGUUGAACAUGGGCGGAAAACUUCUCAGUAUCGACCUUAAGGAAAAGGGUAUCAUUGUCAGCAUCGUGCACCCGGGUUUCAUGCGCACCGAGAUGACCAAAGGUGUCGGUUUCGACAAGCACUGGGACGAAGGUGGUGCUGUGACUCCCGAAGUAGCCGCGAAGAGUCUCGUGGAGUGGACAGAGACGUUAGAUAUUAGCAAAUCUGGGGAAUACUGGGCUCCCCGCGGUCCACGAGAUAUUGGAAUGGCCGAGACGGUGCUUGGAAAGAACCUUGAGACCCCUCUGAAGCUGCCUUGGUAACGCGAAAGCUUCAAAGGCUUAUUGAUGUCAAUGCGCAUCUGUCGAUCCGGCGGUUAAGCUAUGCUGGAGCUUGGUGAACUUGGGCUUGACCGACCUAUGAUAGAGCCCGCUCUUCUUACUCGUCACUUUAGCUUUAUGAUGGUAUGGUAGUUAGGUACAUAUGCGGACUAAACUCUAGUUUACCCUAGCAAGUAGAUCUUAAUAAAGCCCGAGAUUUAAUAACCCCGGUUUCCUUUGAUGAGAUAUUAUGGCGUAUGGAAAAGGGGCAGCGAUAAAGAGGAGAUCGGCGGGUUAGUAUGUAGAUGGCAGAGAUGGCAAGGACUAGGUACCCCACAGAUAUGCCAAGGGAUUGAAUUCGAACGUUGUGGGGCAUUUUUUUUUUUCGACUGCGUGGGCUAAGAGGUUGAUAUGAAGCAAUAUUAAUGAAAAACCUAUUAAUGAUCUAGUUAGGUUAAUUGAUUGUGUCGUAAUCGUG